CGCAGUUUCUAACCGUCGCCUUUCCCUUUCACUUCCUCUUCCGUUCCGGUUGCUCCGACGAGCGGAGCGACGUCCUUUUCUUCUUCUCUCUCGGUUCGUCGGCUACUUCCUCAAAGUUGCCGGCGGCGAUUCCUUCAGCGCAGCGAGACAGCAGAUCACGCGAUCAGUCCCUGAAUCCCGCUCUCUUUCCGUUUCCGCAGCCAGUUUCUCGUCGAGCAUUUUGUCGAGCAGGUGGGGGGAUCUCUGUGGAACGAAAACAAAAUGGUCAAGUUUCUCGAAAUCGAUGGCAAACCCUUCGAUGUUGGCAGCCAGAAUAGUUUCAAGAAACGUGUGGCCGAAACUUUGAAACGCCGAUCCGACUCUGAUGGUCUUGAUAUCAGCUUCGAGUUCUCUGCAUAUACUGAUCGUGCAAUCUUUGACGACCUCUUGGAAUGCGCCGCUGCAUAUAAGCUUCAGCAUUUGUGGGUUCGCGGCUUCACUGAACAUACGGUAUAUUUUGGUGAACCGGGCCUUGUUUUCAAGUCCAUCAUCACCCAUUGUGGUCCGUCGCUGGAAAAUCUGGAGUUGGAAGACUUCAAGUUUGAUGGAGCGUUGGUGUUUGGGAACUCCUGCUCUGGUUUCAAAGCGCUCACAGCUCUGUCUUUGUCCAACUGCUUCUUGGAUUUCACAGAUUAUACGCUACUUAACCCUUUUGCUUAUUUCCCUGCGCUGAAGCAGUUGAGGCUGAGUGAUUUCGGCCGCGAUGAGAGUAAUUGUGAAGAUACUGAAACGCCCUGGUGUUUGGAAGUAAAAGGAGACCAAUUGCUUACUCUGGAACUAAACAGACUCUCUGGUUUCGAUGAGAUCGAAGUAUCAGCUGCGAACCUCAAUCUUUUUACUUAUAGGGGCGAUCUCCUGGCUACAGAACUCUCCUUGAACCUUAGAUCCUUGGAGACUGCAGAUAUCGUGCUAAAAAGUUUGGAUGAGGAUGAUGAUGCGGAGGAAAAACUGAAGAACUUGUUCAAUGGCCUGUCUCAUGCGAAAUCUCUCGACUUGGCCGUCGAUGCCAUCAAGCCAUUGUGGGACGCUUGUAAGCUGGUGCAAGAUCAACGUUCGCCAUUUAGAAGAUUGAAGUCCUUGGCUUUGCGUCUUAUGGUAGAGGAGAACAUAACCGUGAUACCUCAGUACGUGAAGGACUACUUUUUCGGCGACUCCCCUCCCAAACCUAAAAAUGUAUGGACAGAAGUCAAGAUGAAGAAGCCAUGAAUCCCUCGCCAUCCUUACGACCUGGACAUUUUGCAAACUGGAAGUUCGAUUGCUCCUGAGUUCUGAGAAAACAGAGGAUGAAAGAAAUUGUUUCCUGUACCUUGUAAACUAGGGGAUAUGUUGUUAAUGCUAGACUUGGUUGCUGUAACUCAUCGAAGUAGAGUCUGAUUGUGUACUUUUUGUUUUGUGAUAGUCUUACAUUCUUGGCAGUGGACUACAGGGGGAAAAUGAGUGACUACAGCUUUGAACCUUGGUGCCUCUCCUUUUCUUUAGUUUUGAAAGUGGAUUAUAGCGG